GGGGAUCUCAGUUGCAGCCAGGUUGCAACAUAAAAUGUCACUCAUAGAGUGACCGUAUAAGAAUCGAAAAGAGCUUUAUUUUCAAAGGGUAUUAUUGAAUAUUUUUACAGUUUCUUGUAAAAUUAUUAAAAUUAAAAUGCAAAGUGAAAUUAAAGUUGAACCCUGGGAUGAAGCCCCAUUAGAAGUGGCAUUCCACGAUGUUGGCUGUUACUCAAAGACAGACCGGACAGACCCAAUUGACUACGAGAAGCGUCCGCUAUCAGCAGACAUGGGUUCCGGUUUCCGAUUUCCGGAUGCGAUGGGCUCUGCUGACGCCAUGAAUUACCUACUUCAACUCUGGGGCUUGGAAGCACUUUCCGACAGAUUUGCAGAGCACUUGAUUGACUUAACUGUGUUGGACUAUAUUCUGGAUGUGGAUAUCAUUGACCUGUGCCGCGAUAUGCCGAUCCGAUACAGACUAGUGCUAAGACAUAAUCUGAAGAACGGGAAUCACAAACAUGUCAAUAUUGUCGAACAGUUGAACAAACGGCCACGACAAGCAAUCAUACCUUCUGUACGAAAUGCUGACAUUGCAUCUAACACCAACGGCCCAAAAAAGAAAAGGAAAAAAACUAUGUCACAAGCAGCGGUAUCAGAAGGAGCAAAAAGUACAUUGGAUCCAAUGCAAAUUGUAUCAAUUGAAGACGGUGAGUCCAUUCGCUCCAUACUGUCUAAAGACCCUAAGUUCAAACCGGUACUGAACCAUUUAGACGCUGGUGGAGUUCCAGAUGUUGCCGGUUUACGCCACUUGAAUAGACUUGUGACGAAUCACUAUUUCGAGGAGCGAAUUUUGGAACAUUCCGACUACCCGAAGAAAGAAGAAAAACGGGCACUGGCGCUAAAAAUUGUAGAAGCGUUUCCGCAGCUCGAACAGACUCGUGUUACUCCAGAUGCUCCGAAAGAGUCAUACUUUUUCUGGCUGUGCGCUGGUAAGGUAAAGGGACCUCAUUCCGGUUGCAUAGAACAUCGCGCAACAAAUAUGCGAAGAGAAGUUCCACCUGAGCAACGUCGGUUCCUACGGAGAGAGAAAAAGCCAACGAAUUACGUCAUACCGGACAGUAUUCGCGAAAAUGCAUCCAAAGUGGCCUCCCUACCUCAAUUGCCCAUUAACGAACAAACCAUCACCGACGGUAUGGCCGAAUGUAUCGAACUCCACUCGUGCAUUCUACAGCAGUCCGAUUCGGACCAAACCGGAUCAUUGUUAACUACGUUUCCACAUUUGCUGUCUUACAAUGGUAAAAUGAUUCAACAAGCUUUUCAUCUCUUGGGUUCCAGUGAUGAGUCGUUCGCCCGAGCUGGCAGGUUCUUGCUAUUAGGAUUGCUACUGGAUACCAAUGUUUUUAACAAUGUUGAAAACAAGUAUAUCAAAGGCACGCUACAUAUUAUGAAAAAGUUGAUCAUAACUGGCAAAAAGGAGGAAAAUGAGGAAAUGUCCACACAGGAAGCCGAGGCCGCUCCGCUUAUCAGAUGGAUUAAGGCCAAAGAAGGUGAACUGGAAUAUUACACUGUGCAACGGCAUGUCUCAGAACGAUCGUAUCUUGCUCCCCAUAUCGUGUGCCUGGCAGAUGUAUUUACCGAAGGCAACAUGUUCAUAGUAUUCCAAGGUCGUUUUAUCGCUUGUGGGAAGUCUGCGGCUCAUACAUUGGAUGUGUUUUUCAAGCUGUUCACCGUAUUUGGAACACCCGUCCCAGUUGCGCUUAGGAAGAUCCAUGAACUGCUGAUGGUGUACUUAUGGAAAGUGACCAGCGCUUGUAAAAGUAUUACCGUUACAAAGUUGAUGGCAAAGUUGAACGAACUGAAUACAUUUGAGAAUGAUGAUGAGUACGAGGAAGCUGAUGGUCCGUCAUAGUUAUAAAAAAUAGGCUUAAUUAUCAAACAUGUACUGAUUUGUUUUAGAGGUUUGGUUAUUUUAUAGGUUAACAACUCAUUUUUACUAUUUUAUAUAAAUAAUAUUUAUUUAAAAAUUCGUGAUCUUAUUUGUGAUGAAAGAAAUACAAAAUUCAAUGUUAAAAAAUA